AUGUUCGCAGACUGGCUCCAGGGACCUUACGUCUAUGCCCUCUACGACGCCUACGGUUUCUCGAAGGCGGACAAUGGCCUGCUCUUCAUUUUCGGCUUUGGCAGUAGUGCGCUCCUCGGAACAGUGAUCGCAGGCUACGCCGAUAAGUGUGGUCGCAAACGAUUCUGCAUCCUGUAUUGCGUUGUUUACAGUCUUUCCUGUCUGACGAAGCAUUGCAAUCAUUUCCCGAUACUGUGUUUGGGACGGAUUUUAGCAGGUGUGGCGACAAGUUUGCUGUUCAGUGUCUUCGAGUCGUGGGUGGUUUGUGAAGUCG